AUGCAAAAUCAGGAUAUAGCACAACCAGUGGUGGAUAGAAUCCUGGCAAAUCCAUUACAAUUUCAAGCUGCUUCAAAACCUGAUUUUGAAGAAGGUAGUAGCGGGUCUUCGUACAUAGUGAUCGGAGACCAACGUCGCACUGCAGCGAUGAGAAGUAGUCAGGAUGGUGAGGCGAUGGUUGAUGGCCAAGGCCAAGGCCAUGGCCAUGGCCAAGGACAACUUCAAGGACAGGUCCCAUCGGGGGGUUUGCCCCGGAAGUCUUUGCCCCGCAGCUUUUCCGAGGCUCUGGAAAUGUACACUGCAAAGAAAAAACCCGUUGCUCACGAGAAAGAUGUCGAGUUGAGCGACCAAGGGUAUGCCAGUUCGACUUCAAAUGAGGAACUUUCGAGUGGUAAAGGUGUGGAGCAAGAUACUGAGUCGUCAGACAAUUCCUCGGGAAACGACGAAUUCCACGAAGCCCAAGAAUACGCCGAGAGCAUCGAAAACGAUGAGAAAAGUGCUGAGACAAGUAGAGAGGGAAGCGAAGAGGGAAGCGAAGAUCUCGGUGAGGAUAUUGGCGAGGAUAUCGGGGAAGACGUUGGGGAAGAACUCGGCUUGGAAGUCUCUGAAAAUUCACACUCCAUAGGUAACUCCGAUCAAACCGAAGACCAAGACCAGGACCAGGACGACGACAACGAAGACCAAAACCAGGACCAGGACGACGACGACGACGACGACGACGACAACGAGGACCAAGACCUAGAUUUCAAAGAUAACGGAAAUGUGUCUUCUGAUUCGGAUGCCUCAGACGAUGAAAUAGCCGAUAGCGAAAAACUGGGACUCAUGCGUGAGGCCCAAGAGUACGCUCAAAUGGACGCUUCUACCGUUCCCGAACCAGAGAUAGACGGAUCUACUGAGGAUCUCAAACACAAGCUACCACACAGCAAGCGGCCAUCCCCCACGCCACCUACUUUCCUCUCAGACAUCGACCAGUUCUACCAAUUUAACGAAGAGUUUCGCGAUAGAGGCUCUAACAAGUCAAUUCGCAUUCUGAAAAACUGGGGGCCGCAAUUAUCAAAAAUGAGGCCCAAGGGGCUUCUCAACCAUGGCGUCACCUGCUACACGAACGCUGCGGUCCAGGCCAUGAUCCAUGUGCCUGCCAUCCAGCACUAUCUCUUCGACAUUCUCCGGGGCCAGUACAAGUCGACCAUACAACCACAAUCGGUUUCUCAUGUUCUUGCCGAAACCACCAAAAAAAUGUGGUCGUCGGAGUCUUCCAACACCCAGUAUAUCAAUCCGAAAAAACUGAUCGGUAGACUGGACGACAUCAAUUGUAUGAUGAGUGAAUGGCAGCAGGAAGACUCACACGAAUAUUUCAUGUCUUUGAUGUCUAGACUUCAAGAAGACGGUGUUCCGCGCGGCCACAAACUUACAGAAAGUAUAAUGUACGAUAUCUUUGGCGGACUACUGCGACAGGAGGUGACGUGUAAAAGCUGCGGACAAGUUUCCAAGACAGAACAACCCAUUUAUGAUCUUUCUUUACACCUAAAAGGCAAAAAACAACCGGAGCCUGCCGAGACUGCAAACACUUCACAAGCCUCGACUGAGGAACAACCUCAACGUCGCUUCUCGAUAGAGAAAUCUAUCAGAGAUUUCUUCAAUUCUGAGCUCAUCAAAGCCGACAAAGCUACCAAGGAAGGUUACUUUUGUGAGAAGUGUCAUAAGACCACCAAUGCAACUAAACACAAUUCCAUCCUGAGAGCACCGGAAACAUUGUUGGUACACUUAAAGAAAUUUCGCUUUAACGGCACUUCGUCUUCAAAGAUGAAGCAAGCGGUAUCAUAUCCCAUGUUUUUGGAUUUAACAGAGUACUGCGAGGACGCACAAAAUUCUGUCCCUCUUAAGUAUCAACUGAUCAGCGUUGUUGUUCAUGAAGGCCGUUCAUUGUCCUCAGGUCAUUACAUUGCUCAUUGCAAACAACCAGAUGGUUCUUGGGUAACCUAUGAUGAUGAAUAUAUCAACAAAAUCUCCGAAAGGCAGGUUUUGAAAGAGCCCGGUGCUUACUACUUGGUAUACACCCGUCUAACACACAAAAGCGUCCCAUUGGCAUCAAACACAGGCGCUGCUUCACCUAAUCAGGCUCCUGCCUCCGAAACGAGACCAAGCAGUACAGGUUCCGGUGCAUUCAAAAAGAAGAAGAAGAACAAAGGCAAAAAUAAGGCCAAGAAACGGCGUCUGGGCAACUGA